CACUUCCNGUCUGGAACCAACCCAAUGCCUCCAGAAUUUUGGAUCCUGCCUUCCUUUCUCCCAGUGCAUCCAGCCAAAGUGUGGUGUUAUUUCCGUACGGUGUACAUGCCAAUGUCGUAUUUAUAUGGCAAGAAAUUUGUCGCCCCUAUUACACCUCUCACUCUACAAUUAAGAGAAGAGCUCUACAGUCAACCUUACAAUCAAAUUAAUUGGAGUCGAGUACGCCAUGCAUGUGCCAAGGAGGAUCUUUACCAUCCCCAUCCUUGGAUUCAAGACUUGAUUUGGGACAGUCUAUAUAUAUUAACUGAGCCGUUACUCACACAUUGGCCUUUUAAUAAAUUGAUAAGAGAGAAGGCACUUCAAGUAGCAAUGGAGCACAUUCAUUAUGAAGAUGAGAAUAGUCGAUACAUCACCAUGGGAUGUGUAGAAAAGGUUUUAUGCAUGCUAGCUUGUUGGGUGGAAGAUCCAAAUGGGGAAUAUUUCAAGAAACAUCUAGCUAGAAUUCCAGAUUACUUAUGGGUUGCUGAAGAUGGAAUGAAGAUGCAGACUUUUGGAAGCCAGGAGUGGGAUACCGGUUUCGCUAUUCAAGCUUUGCUUGCUAGUGAUCUCGCUGAUGAAAUAGGACCUGUACUUAAAAGAGGACACGAAUUUAUCAAGGCUUCUCAGGGGAAGGAAAAUCCUUCUGGUGACUUCAAGGGAAUGUAUCGACAUAUUUCGAGGGGAUCGUGGACUUUCUCUGAUCAGGAUCAUGGAUGGCAAGUUUCUGAUUGUACUGCUGAAGGUUUGAAGUGUUGCCUGCUUUUCUCCAUGAUGCCACCAGAAAUCGUUGGUGAGAAAAUGGAACCUGAGAGGUUAUAUGAUUCUGUAAAUCUCCUGUUAACGUUGCAGAGCAAAAAUGGAGGAGUAUCCGCCUGGGAGCCAGCCAGAGCCCAACAGUGGUUAGAACUGCUGAAUCCCACGGAUUUUUUUGAGGACACAAUGAUCGAGCAUGAGUAUGUUGAGUGCACGUCAUCGGUUAUCAAGGGAUUAGUUUUGUUUAAGAAGUUAUAUCCAGGGCAUAGGAAGAAAGAGAUUGAACAUUUUAUUGCAAAUGCAGUUCGCUAUUUGGAAAAAGUACAAUUGCCUGAUGGUUCAUGGUAUGGAUGUUGGGGAGUUUGCUUCACAUAUGGUACAUGGUUUGCACUUGGAGGAUUAGCAGAAGCAGGCAAGACUUACAACAAUUGUCCAGCUAUGCGUAAAGGUGUUGAUUUUCUUCUUAAAUCACAGAGAGACGAUGGUGGUUGGGGAGAGAGCUAUCGUUCUUGUCCAGAAAAGAAAUACAUACCUCUUGAAGGAAACAGAUCAAAUUUGGUUCACACUGCAUGGGCUAUGAUGGGUCUAAUUCAUGCCGGACAGGCAGAAAGAGACCCAACUCCUCUCCAUCGUGCAGCUAAGGUGUUAAUCAAUUCUCAACUAGAAGAUGGUGACUUUCCCCAACAGGAAAUUACUGGAGUAUUUAAUAAGAAUUGCAUGCAACAUUACGGAGCCUAUAGGAACAUACACCCACUGUGGGCUCUUGCUGAAUACCGUAGGCAGGUUCCAUUGCCUUCCAGGACUGUUGUUUGA